AUGGUGUUUAUCUAUCUAGGAUACCGAAAUAGAUAUCGUUUUUUCAACCGCAAUAAUGACCAUUAUCAUGGCGCCCCCGCCCCCACCCCUCUUGCUGUUUGUGCUACCACUGGCACUCAAGUAAUGCCUCAAUCGCCAAUAGCGAUCCAACCGGAUGGUCAACCAUUGUACGAUCCACUGUACGCGAUGGAACAAGGGCAACAGCAACAGUACUAUUACCAGAACGAAGCACAGAAUCAGUAUACUAAUGUACCUUACAUGGUCAUGCCUCGACCCCUCGAGCCUUCUCAGCAACACACUCAACAUACUCCCAACUCAGACCCAAAUUUGACGCAUUCUGGUACGCAGCCGCCAACACAAGAGCAACAAGGUCGUGAGCAAGAACAGGUUAUGAGUAUGCAACAGAUCCGUGAAUCAUCGGGUGUCUUCCUCAACCAAAAUCAAAAUCAAAACCAGAACCAAAACCAGAUUCAGACACAGGCAUAG